AUGACUGUUGAGGGUGAGGCUCAAGGGCCGGACGAGGCCAUCCAGGAACUCGUGAAAGAAAUCAACAACGGACCGCGACUCGCGCACGUCGUCAAAUUGGAAAAGAAAGAGAUUCCACCGCAAGAAGGAGAGGGUUUGUUCGGCGUAAAGCGGACGUCAGAGUCAACGUUUAAUGCCACAGGCUGA